AUGGCAGGGCGUUCGCUGGAAAUGAACGUGACCAACACGCCGGCGAAGGAUCUCGCGUACUCAAAUUUUGCCUACUGCUCCCCCUCCGAUCUCCGGAAUUUCCUCGUCCCUGGAUCCAGAUUGGCUUACGCUUUGGUCGGCGAUGUUUUUGUUCUCACUAUUGCAUAUCCUUAUAAUCUGUCCACUGGGGACUCAAUCUCUGUCAGUAGGUUCGUUCCUCCUGAAAAUUUCAACCUUGCAUUGCUCACCCUUGAAUUAGAGUUUGUUAAGAAAGGGGCAAAAGAAGAACAGGUUGAUGCUGUCCUUUUGUCCCAGCAGAUUCGUAGGAGAUUUAUGAACCAGGUUAUGACUAUUGGACAAAGGGUGACAUUGGAAUAUCAUGGCAAUGGGUUUAUCUUCACUGUUAAUCAAGCUUCAGUAGAAGAGGAGGGAAAAUCUAAUGGCAUUGAUAGAGGGAUGAUAUCAGCUGACACAUAUAUUAUUUUUGAAGCAUCAAAUUCAAGUGGAAUAAAGAUUGUCAACCAGCGAGAAGCUGCUAGCAGCAACAUCUUUAGACACAAAGAGUUCAAUCUACAAUCUUUUGGUAUUGGUGGUUUGAGUGAAGAGUUUGCUGAUAUAUUUCGAAGAGCUUUUGCAUCAAGGGUUUUCCCUCCUCAUGUGACCUCUAAACUUGGCAUUAAACACGUUAAAGGAAUGCUGCUGUAUGGACCUCCUGGUACUGGGAAGACUUUGAUGGCUCGGCAGAUCGGAAAAAUGUUAAAUGGAAAGGAACCAAAGAUUGUGAAUGGGCCGGAGGUGUUGAGCAAAUUCGUUGGUGAAACUGAAAAAAAUGUGCGAGAUCUAUUUGCUGAUGCCGAGCAUGAUCAGAGAACCAAAGGUGAUCAAAGCGACUUGCAUAUCAUCAUAUUUGAUGAAAUAGAUGCUAUUUGUAAGUCUAGAGGUUCUACGAGAGAUGGCACUGGAGUACAUGAUAGUAUCGUAAACCAACUUCUAACUAAGAUAGAUGGUGUGGAAUCCCUGAAUAAUGUUCUGCUUAUUGGGAUGACAAACAGAAAGGAUUUACUUGAUGAAGCUCUUCUGAGGCCUGGGCGCUUGGAAGUACAAGUAGAGAUCAGCCUUCCAGAUGAAAACGGCCGUUUACAGAUUCUUCAGAUUCAUACAAACAAGAUGAAAGAAAGUUCUUUUCUGGCUCCAGAUGUAAACUUGGAAGAGAUUGCGGCCCGAACAAAAAAUUAUAGCGGAGCUGAGCUUGAAGGUGUUGUAAAAAGUGCAGUAUCAUAUGCCCUGAAUAGGCAACUGAGUAUGGAUGAUCUUACCAAGCCAGUUGAUGAGGAUAAUAUAAAAAUCACAAUGGAUGAUUUUUUGAAUGCCCUUCAAGAAGUAAUUCCAGCAUUUGGUGCUUCGACAGAUGACCUAGAACGUUGCAGGCUUAAUGGAAUCAUGGAAUGUGGUGCACGGCAUGACCAUAUUUAUCGAAGAGCUAUGUUGUUAGCGGAACAAGUUAAAGUUAGUGAAGGAAGCCCGCUUGUUACUUGUCUUCUUGAAGGCCCAAGUGGCAGUGGGAAAACUGCAAUGGCAGCAACAGUUGGUAUUGAAAGUGAUUUCCCGUAUGUUAAGAUUAUAUCUGCUGAAACAAUGAUUGGACUCAGUGAACCGACAAAAUGCGCUCAUAUUGUUAAGGUAUUUGAAGAUGCUUAUAGGUCUCCUCUAAGUAUAAUCAUCCUAGAUGACAUUGAAAGGCUAUUGGAGUAUGUCGCAAUUGGGCCUCGUUUCUCAAAUUUAAUUUCCCAAACUUUGUUGGUGCUGCUGAAACGGCUUCCUCCAAAGGGAAAAAAGGUUCUUGUCAUUGGGACUACAAGUGAAGUCAAUUUCCUGGACUUGGUUGGAAUUCGAGAUGCAUUCUCAGUCACCUACAAUGUCCCUACAUUGCAGACAGAAGAUGCCAAAAAGGUGUUACAGCAGCUUAAUGUUUUCUCGAGUGAUGAUAUUGAUUCUGCUGCAGAGGCAUUAAACGAUAUGCCCCUCAAAAAGCUGUAUAUGGUUGUUGAGAUGGCUGCUCAGGGAGAACAUGGUGGAGGUGCGGAAGCCAUCUAUUCUGGCAAGGAAAAGAUUGACAUUUCACACUUUUACGACUGCCUUAAGGAUAUGGUCCGAAAGAUAGAAGAAGAAGGUCGCUGCACAUCAUCAUCGUCGCGAGGCCAGCACGCUGUCCCUCUUCACUGUCACGAACUCUCACGUCCAGGUUCCGUCCACGACUCGCCUUUGCUAACUGAACCCCAGUUCAGGCUCACCGAUACCCGCUGCUCCUCCGCGGGACCAUUCCCAACGACCCUUUUUUUUUCUGUCAUUGAUCAGCCGCGUGGCCACCGCGAGCCACCAUUCAGCGCCGCCUGUCCUCUCGCAGCCCUCGAGUCCACUUCACUCGUCCCUCAUCGUUCGGUGCUCCAGUACCUGUGA